UACAUUUUACGAGAGAUGAUCGAGAGGCUUCUUUCGAUACUUUUUUUUUAGUGGAUUUUUUGGUAUAUAUCUUCUUCAAGAACGUUCUUUUGUGCUAAAUAAGUCUCGAGGUUUCCUUAAUCUUUAUCGAAAAUGACAAGAACCGGCUGCUAGCUGCAGGGCAGCACAGGGCCCAAGAUGAGCAAGAAGUCUACUCCUAGCAAGGCGGGAGUGACAUACAGGACCAGCUCCCGCAGGAACGGUUGGAGCUGUCCUCCUCACCCGCUGCAGUUUGUCGCUUGGAUCUUCAUCGCCGCCUUCGCAGUGAUGUUCCAUGGCAUGGCCGUACCCACCAUUCCGUAUCAUUGGCAGCCGGCCUGUCACAUGAUCGUGGGUGUCGUGCUCGCCGUGCACGUCAUAACGCACCUGGUGUGCCUGACCAUCAACCCAGCUGACCCCAGCACCCUGCGCAGAGACAAGAAGGCCAUGCCGGAGUUUGACCGGACCCAGCACAAGCACGUCAUAGAGAACAACCACUGCUACCUCUGUGAGGUGGACGUGUAAGUAGUUCUAAUUCGC